GGCGCUCCUGGUGCUGAGGUGCUAUGGACCCCGGGAAGGAUGAGAGUAUAACUAUUGCUGCACGUCAAAGUCAAGGGAGGGGAAGCAUGAGGAAGAUGUACCAAUUUUGUCAUUCUAAAAACAUGGCCUAUGGAUCUCUGUCAUUCAGGGACGUGGCCAUCAGCUUCUCCCAAGAGGAGUGGGAGUGUCUGGACCCUGCUCAGAAGGCCUUGUACAGGGACGUGAUGUUGGAGACCUACAGCAACCUGGUCUCCCUGGCAGAAAGUUCCAUUUCUAAGCCAGAUAUGAUUACCUUACUGGAGCAGGAGAAAGAGCCCUGGGUGGUUUUGAGGAGAGAAACAAGUGGAUGGUACCCAGAUUUAGAGUCAAAUUAUGGAACUGAGAAGUUACCUUCAGAAAAUUAUACUUAUGAAAUAAAUUUGCCUAAACUGGGUAUAAAACAAAUAAGUAAAACUCUUGGCCUCAAGGCCUCCAAUUUUAGAAAUGACUCAGAUAGCAAUAAUAGAUUUAGGGAACAACAGGGACAUCAAGAGGGGUAUAUCGGUCAAAAGAUAAUAAGCUAUGAAAAAAUGCAUACUUCUUCUCAUCGUACUUCUAUUCACACUACAGAUAAGCCAUAUGAAUGUAAGGAGUGUGGAAAGUACUUUAGUCGUGGUUCAAAUCUUAUUCAGCAUCAGAGUAUCCAUACUGGAGAGAAACCCUAUGAAUGUAAGGAAUGUGGGAAGGCCUUUAGACUUCUUGUCCAACUUACUCGACAUCAGAAAUUUCAUACUGGUGAGAAACCCUUUAAAUGUAAGGAAUGUGGGAAAGCUUUUAGUCUUCCCACCCAGCUGACUCGCCAUAAGAAUAUUCAUACAGGUGAGAGGCCCUUUGAGUGUAAGGAAUGUGGGAAGUCCUUUAAUCGUAGCUCAAACCUUGUUCAACAUCAGAGUAUUCAUACAGGUGCAAAACCAUAUGGAUGUAAAGAAUGUGGAAAAGGCUUUAAUCGUGGUUCAAAUCUUGUUCAGCAUCAGAAAAUUCAUUCUAGUGAGAAACCCUUUUUAUGUAAGGAAUGUGGGAAAGCCUUUAAAUAUCAUUACCAACUUAUGGAACAUUGUCGGAUUCAUACUGGUGAGAAACCCUUCGAAUGUAAAGAAUGUGGGAAGGCCUUCAGUCUUCUGAUAGAGCUUGCACGACAUCAGAACACUCAUACUGGCGAGAAACCAUUUAAAUGUAAGGAAUGUGGCAAGGCCUUCAGUCGUGGCUCAAAUCUCAUUCAACAUCAGAGUAUUCAUACUGGUGAGAAACCAUAUGGGUGUAAGGAAUGUGGAAAGGCUUUUCGACUUCACCUACAGCUUUCUCGACAUCAGAAAACUCAUACUGGUGAAAAACCCUUUGAAUGUAAGGAAUGUGGGACAGCCUUCCAGUAUCAGUACCAGCUUAGUGAGCAUCAGCGAAUUCAUACAGGUGUGAAACCAUAUGAAUGUAAGGAAUGUGGGAAAUUGUUUCGUCGUGGUUCAAACCUUAUUCAACAUCAGAGCGUUCACACUGGAAAGAAACCUUUUGAAUGUAAAGAAUGUGGGAAGGCCUUUAGACUCCAUAUACAACUUAUUCGACAUCAGAAAUUUCAUACUGGUGAGAAGCCCUUUGAAUGUAAGAAAUGUGGAAAAGCCUUUAGUCUUCUCACUCAGCUUAAUCGCCAUGAGAAUAUUCAUACAGGUGAGAAGCCAUUUGAGUGUAAGGAAUGUGGGAAGUCCUUUAAUCGUGUGUCAAACCUUGUUCAACAUCAGAGUAUUCAUGCUGGUGUGAAACCAUAUGAAUGUAAAGAGUGUGGAAAAGGCUUUAAUCGUGGUUCAAAUCUUAUUCAGCAUCAGAAAAUUCAUUCUAGUAGAAACCCUUUGAAUGUAAGGAAUGUGGGAAGGCCUUUAGGUAUCAUUACCGACUUACUGAACAUCAUAAAAUGCAUACUGGUGAGAAACCCUUUGAAUGCAAGGAAUGUGGGAAGGCCUUUAGUCUUCUGACACAGCUUACUCGACAUCAGAACAUUCAUACUGGUGAGAAACCAUUUAAAUGUAAGGAAUGUGGCAAGGCCUUUAAUC